UCCUCCUCUUUCCGUCGCCAUGCAGCUUUUCGUUAAGUCUCUUGCGGGUAACACCCUCGCUUUCGAGGUCGCCCCCACCACCUCCGUUGAGAAUGUCAAGUCCAUGAUCGCCGCUCGUGAAGGUAUUGAUGCUGGUUUCCAGUGCCUCUCCUUCGCCGGUAAGUCCCUCCAGGACGCCGAGGCUCUCUCCCUUUACGGUGUUCAGGACAACUCUACCCUCCACCUCAACGCUGAAUUGUUGGGUGGUGGUAAGAAGCGUAAGAAGAAGACCUACACUACCCCCAAGAAGAUCAAGCACAAGCGCAAGAAAGUCAAGAUGGCUAUCUUGAAGUACUACAAGGUUGACGAGUCUGGCAAGGUCACCCGUCUCCGCCGUGAGUGCCCCAACGCCACCUGCGGUGCUGGUGUCUUCAUGGCCUGGCAUCAGGAUCGUCAGUACUGUGGCAAGUGCCAUUUGACCUAUGUUUUCAAGAAGGAACAGGAGGCUUAAAUUUUUGGUACCACUUUUUCCACACACACUGACGUCCACUGUUCACUUUUUUGUUGACAAUUGGGCAAAAUAAAGAACAAAAAACUCGACAAUAGUUAUCUUUUUUUUGGCUUAUAUGAUGUAUCAUGGUUGAAAAUAUUAUAAAUGAUUCUUCAAAGACAUAGUAUCAUCAAAAGUGGUCUUGAAGUAGAUGUUCUUGGAUCCAUCACAGGCAGUGGAUUGUUUUAUAAUGAUUUUGGCGCGUCAAAAAAUCUCUGGACAGAACCAAGCCACCUUCCCAAAGAAAAAAAAUUACCAGUCAAAG